AUGGAUACCAUGUUUACCAAUGUCACCCUCAAACACCAACAGUUCAUCUCCGAUCAUCAAUCUUUCAACUCCACCCUCACAAGUUCCGGCAGUUCUGGAUCAUCUGCUCAUGAUCAUCAUCAGACCACCACUAACCACCAUCAUCAUCAACAAUGCUUCAUGGAAGAAGCUUCUUCUUCAUCCUUAAUGCAACAACCCCACUUCCAUUUCCACCACCAAUUUCCCACUUCCACCGCCACCGCCACCCAUGAUGUCUCUCUGGAGUUCCUCGCUUCAUUCUCUACCAACGGCUGGGCUUCUCAUGUGUUAUUGGAGGCGGCGCGUGCGGUGGCUGACAAGAACAGCUGCCGCCUGAACCAGCUGAUAUGGAUGCUUAAUGAGAUCAGCUCACCCUAUGGCGAUAUAGAUGAGAAGCUUUCGUCUUAUUUUCUUCAGGCGCUCUUCAGUCGCAUCACGGAUUCCGGUGACCGGAAUUACAGGAUUUUAUCGUCCAUUUCGGAGAAAAUGUGUACUUUCGAAACAACUAGAAAGUUGGUGCUGAAGUUUCAAGAAGUCAGCCCUUGGACGACGUUCGGACACGUAGCGUCCAACGGAGUUAUCAUGGAGGCGUUCGACGGGGAGACCAAAUUGCACAUAAUAGAUGUCAGCAACACCUACUGCACUCAGUGGCCGACUUUGUUGGAAGCCAUAGCCACCCGUACUACAGAGGAAACACCUCACCUACGUCUCACGACGGUGAUCUCCUCCACCCCCAAAUCUGACGGCAGCGACGGAAUAGAAAUGAUCAUGCGAGAAAUAGGGAAUCGGAUGGAAAAAUUCGCUAGGCUAAUGGGUGUACCGUUUAAAUUCAAUGUAAUACACCAUAUGGGCGAUUUAUCCGAUUUGAAUUUUAGUCAAUUGGAUAUCCAAUCUGAUGAAGCUCUUGCCAUUAACUUGAACGGUACGUUACGUUCCGUUAGUAAUCACCGUAGGGAUUAUUUGAUCUCGAUGUUUCGAAGUAUGAACCCUAAAAUCGUGAUGAUCGUUGAAGAAGAAGCUGAUUUGGAUGUGGGAAUUCAUGGGAUUGAAUUCUUGAGAGGGUUUCAAGAGUGUUUGAGAUGGUUUAGGGUUUACUUCGAGGCUCUUGAUGAAAGCUUCCCACAAACGAGUAACGAAAGGUUGAUGUUAGAGAGGGAGGCGGGGCGAGCUGUGAUGAACUUGGUGGCAUGCCCGCCGGCGAAUUCCGUGGAGAGGCGGGAAACGGCGGAUCGGUGGUCGUGUAGGCUUCGUGCAAGUGGGUUUAGCGGUGUUUCAUAUAGCGACGAAGGGUGCGACGAUGUGCGGGCACUGUUGAGGAGGUAUAAGGAAGGGUGGUCAAUGGGUCGGUCGGAAACGGGUGCCGGAAUAUUCUUGAUGCGGAAGGAAACAGCGGUGGUGUGGGCUAGUGCAUGGAAACCUAUAUGAUUGUGACUUCCACUAAAAGUAAUAG